AUGACUUACAGAAAGUCUCUGAGAGGUACACCUCUUCUUCUGUCGCUAUCUCUGCUGCAGCUGUCAUUGUUGCUUGUAGUGCUUAUACUGGUAGUGCGACAUUCAGAGUGCCAUUAUGGCAUAUUCGAUGAGGAGGAAUCAAAAUUGGCAAAACUAAAAAAACUGAUAAACAAGAAAAUCAAAUUCGACAUUAAUGACAAGCAUCGAAAAAUAGAAGAAAACGAGAGCGAAAACGAGAAGGAAAAUGAGAAGGAUCACAUUUCAUUCAUAUAUAUACACGAACUAACUCUUAACGAUUAUGUUGAUUAUGUCUUGAAUAAGGCGAAGAAUUAUGAUUGUGUCUUAUUUUUAAUAGAUGUCGAGAGUUCUAAUGGAGUUGCCAAGUUUGAUAGGAGAAGCCUCAUCUUACUAGAGUUAUUUAACCGGGUUGCAAGAGAAUACACUUGGGAGAAUUUUCCUCUGUACAAUGAGGGAGAAGUUGCAGAUGGUACCUACUCGAGAGAUGCUACCAAUUCGAGAGAUGCUACCAAUUCGAGAGAUGCUACCAAUUCGAGAGAUGCUACCAAAUCGAGAGAUACUCCGUUAUACAGAAAAGGGAAAACUGCAGCUGUAUGGGAGACUAUUACAAUUGCCAAGUCAACGAUGAGAGACACGAACCCGAAUGGAUACGUGGAUGUGAAAAGAGGAGGAUACAAGCACAGAUUGGCAUUGCCCAUUUUCUUUUUUUAUGUGAAUUUUCAUAAACAAAACAUGAUCCCGUUGAAAUAUAUGCACGGAGUCGACAGCAUUCCAGAAUUUGUAUACAUAGGGGAGAAGACAUUCGAACAUUCAGAUCAUUAUGCAAGAAUUCAACAGAAUUUUAUGUUGCAAUAUUAUUUAAAGAAUGUGAAACGGUUGAGUGAAAAAGAGAAAGGAAAACUAACCAACAAAGAGAUUGAAGAAUAUUUUAAAGAAUUUAUAUAUGUGCAUAAUAAUGACAAAACGGAGAUGAAAUAUUUAGAAGGGUAUUAUUUUCAAAAUAUAAAUAUGUAUCUCCUAAUGGUUAUUCUAAUUGUGAUAUUUUCCAUUUUGUAUCUACUCUUACAAUUAUUGCAGAAAUGGAACUGUUUUAUGUUUAUCUGUUCUUAUAUUUUGUAUUUAACUUGCCUUAGUGGUAUUUUCCAUUGUUUAAUUAACAAAUCUGAGCUUUACAACACAACGAAAGAUUUAGAUUCUCUGCUUCAUAAGUAUGUCUAUCGCUCUACUAGUGCACAGUAUGUGUACGAAGGUGUUGCUUUUUCUCUUUUCAUUUUUAUUAUUACUUUUGCAUUUUUUCUCAUAUUUAAGUGUUCUACCAAUAAAUUUAUGACACGUACCGGUAGAAAUUUGUUUAUUACCCUCCUUCUUCUUCUUACUUAUGUUUCCCUCGACGUCAUUCAUGAAAUUAAUCUAUACAAAGUAUAUUACUCAACUUAUUUUUUCAUCCCACCCGUGAAGUUUUUUCACAAGUAG